AUGCUGUCUCGUACGCUGCGUCCAUAUGGCGCCAAUCUAGCCUCGCGUUCCGUGUGGACACACUCUCACCAACGCCGAACGCUGCUCGCUAGAGCUGCAAAUGGCGGCUCUCAAUCUUCGGGAGAUGAUACUCCACUCACCGUCACCCUUCCCAAGGAUUCUUUUGACACCUACAACAUUGAUCCGCCUCCAUUUAGCCUGCAGAUCUCGAAAAACCAACUUCGUCAGUUGUACAAAGACAUGACAACAAUUCGGCGUCUGGAAUUGGUAGCAGACGCACUUUAUAAAGAGCAAAAAAUCCGAGGCUUCUGUCACCUUUCAACGGGCCAAGAAGCUGUUGCUGUGGGAAUUGAACAUGCAAUUACCAAGUCUGAUCCCCUAAUCACAGCAUAUCGCAGCCAUGGUUUCACAUAUAUGCGUGGCGGAAGUAUCCGGUCGAUAAUUGGCGAGCUACUCGGCAAACAGCAAGGAAUCUCCUACGGCAAAGGAGGGUCGAUGCAUAUGUUUGCCAAGGGAUUCUACGGUGGAAAUGGAAUUGUUGGCGCGCACGUACCUGUCGGCACCGGAAUCUCCCUUGCUCAGCAAUACACAGGGCAGAGAACCAUGACCGUGGACGUGUAUGGCGACGGCGCUGCGAAUCAGGGACAAGUGCACGAAGCAUUCAACAUGGCUAAAUUGUGGAAUCUGCCCGUGCUAUACGGCUGUGAGAAUAAUCAGUACGGAAUGGGCACAUCUGCUGAAAGAUCGUCUGCCAUGACCGACUACUACAAACGGGGACAUUAUUUUCCCGGAAUCCGUAUCAAUGGCAUGGAUGUUCUAGCCGUCAUGUGCGCAGUCAAGUAUGCCCGUCGACUGAUUACUGGAGAGGAGGGCGGCCAUGAAGGACCGUUGCUGUACGAGUAUGUCACCUAUAGAUACUCAGGACACAGCAUGUCCGACCCUGGCGUGGCAUACCGAACACGCGAGGAGCUGAAGGAAAAGAGGAAACAGGAUCCCCUGACAGUGCUCAAGGAGCGACUGCUCGAACUGGGCGUCAACACGGAGGAUGAGUUGAAAUCUAUGGAGAAAGAAAUAAGGAGCUUCGUCAAUAAUGAGGCUGAGGCUGCGCAGAAGAUGGACGAUCCACCCCCGACAUCAGACACAUUAUAUCAAGACAUUUAUGUGCGAGGAGCAGAGCCAGACUAUAUGAGAGGUACCACGGUUGACAACACAUAUUAUUAUGCACACUAG